GCGACCAUGUGAUCGGCGCCAUAACCAAUAGGCGGCUGAGGAGAAGGUAAGGGCAGGAAAAAAAUUACUACCAUUUUAGGGGAGGAUGGAAGCCACUAUACUGACCCAUCUAAGGUUUUACAGUCGCCUUUAAGUGUCUUUUUUAUUGAAAUAAUAAAAUAAACAUGUCGCUAACAAAUUAUUAUUCCAUGAUGGGGCUGCAGACUGAGGAGCCGUACGGCGCACAUUUCCUCCCCGCAGGCUUGCAGGCGUCGACGGCCGGCUGCGCAAAGCCAUCCCGCGGCGCGGAGGAAGAGGAGGGGACGCCCGGCUCGCACAUUCCGGAUUUUGCCCACUUUCCCAACAAGCAAAGCGCCUUGAAUGGCUUCUCCCCGUGGACGAACCCCCCUUCGGCGUCGUCGCCGUCCUCCCCGCCGCUGCAGGCCGCCCCGGGCGCGUCCAUCACGGGACUUUUCCACCCGCACCACCUCCUCGGCCACCACCACCACCACCACCACCACCAGCAGCAGCCUCCGCAUCUCCAGCCGCAGCAGUCCCCUUACUACAGCGAGCACCUCGCCCCGGCCUCGGAGGGCCGCUUCGUCCGCUGCUGGGAGGGCCCCGGCCCCACCGCGGAGGGCGCAUUCGCCGCCUGCCUGCCCCAGGCGCAGGGCUGCCCCUCGAACCCGAGCUCGAGGUACGAGGCGGUGAAACCCGACAGCUCCCCGACUCGGUCGGGCGGGAGUCCCGGGGAUUCGACUUUUGCCAGCCCGGGAGAGGUGGUGCUCGAGCGACUGGGGACGGCCGAGGAGCUCCGCCGGAAGACGGAGCCCAAAAAGGAAGACGAGGACGACGACGACGACGAGGAUGACAGGAGGAAAGGCCGACCUGUGCAGCCGGACCCAGAGAACCCGUCUGCAAGCUGGAUCCACGCCAAGUCCACCCGCAAGAAGCGCUGCCCCUACACCAAGCACCAGACCCUAGAGCUGGAGAAGGAGUUCCUCUACAACAUGUACCUGACUCGGGACCGGCGCCUGGAGGUGGCCAGACUCUUGAACCUGACCGAGCGGCAGGUGAAAAUCUGGUUCCAGAACCGACGCAUGAAGAUGAAGAAGCUGAUGAUCCGGGAAAGGAGGAGCGUCAAUGAAUAGGAUGGGAUGGGGCGGAAUGGGUGGGGGGGAGUGGAAAGUGUAACAUAAGCUUGUGGACAUCUAAAAAAAAAAAAUGGACGUUUUUGGGUGCUUCUCCUCAAACCUCCCUGAAUGGACGUUACGGGACUUUUAAGUAACAAUAAAAUUAUGAACUGAAAGACGUUCACACUGUGACACAGUUAAGUCCACAUGAAUGCAAAAUAUAUUUUUUGCUUCUGUCCCCACUUGUCGGCAUGGUCUUGUGAGAAUUUAGUAGGAUUUUCUACCCCAAUGUUCUAAAUUAGUGGCAAAGUGACAUUUUUGGGAGGGGAAACUUGAAAAUGUGCGUUAACGGAUGUUAUGAAAAUGUGCCCUAAUCACUUUGAAAUUGUGGUCAAAUAUUUCUGUCGGAUGAUUUUAUGGUCAGGACACACUUUUUGUAACGUUGCCAAUUAGAUUCUUGUAAUAAUGUGCCUGAAGUUGUCGAAAAAUAUGGCCAAUGAAAUUUCACGGUAAAAGUCAAGAAAUAAUACAAAAUGCUACCAAAUUAUGUCAGAAUGUUAUUUAACGUUCUUUUUUUUUUGCAGCACUUUGGCUAUAUUUGUGGAAUCUAACAAAAAUAUUACAAACUAAAAUGAAGACGAGCCCAACUUGACACACGUGGAAAUGCAAAUGAUAUUUUUUGCCGCCCCUUGUUGGCAUAUUGCAAGAAUUUAGUAGGAGUUGGUACAAAAAUAAUAGCUGCAAUUCAAAUUUUUUUGAUAGCGGUAACUUGUGAAAUGAACAACUACACGCUCUUACCACUUUUAAAAUACGGUGAAAGAAUGUGGUACGCUCCGAAACUGUGACGAAACGUCACAUUUUUGAGUCCGAUUUUGUGCAAUUUGUAGUCAUGUCUUUUGGAAAGUGAUGGAAAUUUUAUGCUUUAAGUACUAAAAUUGUGGCGCAUGUUCUUGUGAAAAUUUAGUAGGAUUUUGUACAAAAAGGGAUUUUGUUGAAGUAGUAGUCCAUUUAUGAACAUAAUUUCUGUGGUUAACUGUGUAUUAUUUAUGACUAAAUUAUCGCCACUACAGACUGGAUUAUGUUUGUAAAAUAACGCAUCGAUUCGUAAUCUGUAGAAAUCCUAUAUUACAAAUGUUAUGACCUACCAAAUAAUGUCAAAUAUCAUUGGAGCGGCACUGAAAACCUUUUGUUGAUUGAAUUUAGUCAAUUUCAUUUUGUCAAGUCAUCAAAAUCCAAUCCAAUGGUUUUGGAUCCAGAUAGUUUUUGUAUCAUGUCCUACUAAAUUUUCAUUGUGACAUGCACCCCCCCCCUUUUUUUAUGUAUGUGAAGUAUUGUAAUUAGUAGAAACUUAAUGUCAACUAAUAGAGCACCAUGUUGAAGACCACUUUUUGCACAGAUUACUCAUCUAGGGCUGAAGUUUUCGGACAACUUCCGACAAAAAAAAAUCUCAUGACGUGUCACAGCCUCCCCCCAAAUUUUUGUAGUAUUGUGUUUAGGUGAAAAACGUAAGUAAUGUAUGAUGUCAAAUAUAAGGAAGUUCAAUUUUGCAUACACGGGCGUAGUCACGCUCUCGUAACACAUCCCGGAUUUUUUGUGCGCGAUUUUCGACGAAAUUGCCCUCUGACGUGUGAUCUCAUGACUUGGCAUGACCCGAAAUGUACAGUAAAGAUGAUUUAUGUCAACACAUAAAACCUCACUGAAAGAGCAACCAAAACACACUCACACCUCACAAAAACAGAGACACACAAUUGCAUAAAAUUAAAAUGAUUGUAGCAAAUUCUUAUCUAAAAGUGGAUUCUGUAAAUAUUGAGUAUCUUAUGUUCAAUUGGGUGACAUUUGCAUGGCUGCUUAUUGUUUGCUUUAGAGACAAAAAGGCACUAAGUCUCCAUAUUUGGUUUCAUUUGUUACGAGAAAUGUGCUUUUUUUUUUUGUUUUCAUUCUCUGUGUUAAAUGUGAAAUAAUUGCUACGGGACACAGUAGCGUCACUUUUAAAAUGGCGCGUCGACAUCAUGGGUUGUAUCCAAUGUGAAAUUGUUGUAUACACCAUUUUCUAACAGUCAUGCGUACAUAACGUGACAGUUAGCAUGUGACUCAAACGUGCGGUCUUUGUCACGCAAGCUAACCGCUGCUGUGUUGUUUUUGUAAACACAAAAGGUACGAUUGUAUAAACAAGCCCACAAAAAAAAACACCAUUCUUUGACAAAUGCAAAUAAGUAACCGUUUGUUUAGCGUUAGCAUGUAGCAGAGAGUUGGCGUUUCCCAGUAUAAUGCACAUUAGCGAGUAGACUAAAAAUCUAUACGAAACAUAAUCGCCAGCCAAUUGCAGGGCACAGUUCGAAAAACAAUUUACACCGAUGGGAAAUUUAGAGUCUUCACUGAUGCGGAGGCAGGGACUGUGAGACAGAUGUGCUAACCACGGGCCUACCAUGCUAGCCUAAGCUAAACGAUAUCAAUUGUUAUUCCUUUGUUGGUGUGUUGACAUUGUUACUCUUACUCAUGAUGAAAUUGACAACAAAAACAUUUUCAUACCACUGACCGCAGUCUUUACUUCGGGCCAAACCACAAGCAAACCAAACGGUUAUUGAUUGUUUGUUUUGAUAGCGAAGUUGUUGUGGCUAUUCAAUCAAUUUUUUUUUUUUUUAUAUAAACUGCAUGUAGAAUUCAAUCGGCAUCAUCGUAUAUUUUGUUGCUAGUCACACAUGCAGGCGUGCACAAACAUUUGUGGUUGCUAGGUGUCAGCUCACACAACACAAAUGUGAAUGAUGCUGCUUCUUUUUUUUAUACUUUUGGACACACUCAACAACUCAAUCCAGCCCACAGUGUGUGAGCGUUCCGUGGAAUGUCCGCCGCCACACAACUGGAGCCCAGAUGUCAUGGCUGCCCCUCCCCACACACACUCUUUUGAACAAUGAUUAAAUAAAAUGCCCUCUACAACCUCAAUCGUGCAUAUCAUAUGCAUUAUGAGUCUUUUGAUUUUUAAUGAUUUGAUAUUAAUUUCAUGGGUAUUUUCACGUUUAUUUUUUCUGUGUGAAAAAGCUCUGUAAGCUACAUUGAUUUUUUUUUUUUUUCUAUGCUGGGGGAAGGGGGGUAAGAAACCACUGCAAAAUGAUCACUUUCUUUGAUUUCCUUGACAAGACUGUAAUUGUAAACCAUGCUAUCUACAUUUAUUGGUAGAAAUAACAAACAAAAUGUCAAAUUACA